GUGCUGCAAGAUUGCCGGGUCUCGUGGUCUGGCACCACAUGAAAGUUCACUUGUGCGAAAGUCAACGGCUGCAAUGUGGCUCGACAGCCUGGGAGCGCUACAUAGUGGGCUCCCAUGAUUGGCAUGCUUGGAUACCUCGUAUGGAGAGGGCAUCUGAAUAACCCGGGGCAGGAUGACCAGGCUUCGGCUUCCAGGCCUGGUGUGGGACGGGACCUGGAGCAGGGCCACAUCGUCCCAGUUCCUGCCCAAGGAAGACGAGGGGAGGCGCAGUAUUCCAUUCCAAGAAGGAUUGCGCGCUUCCUUUGCAUGUAUGGUAGACCGGAGAGGCUGCAGGUUCACUAUAGCCGUCGCUUCAAACUCUUCAUGGCCGCGAUCUCUCUCAUGUCACUCGCGUGGAUUGUGAACUUCUUCGUGAACGUGCAUCCCUUGCUCGAGGAUGAAAAGUACAUUACCGAGUGCAGAGAUCAAGGCAACCGCUUGAGGUAUCAGGCCCGUGUUCUGUUCAUUUACUUCAUGUGGUUUGUGGUCGCCCGAGCUUCCCUCUUCGUGCCCUGCAUUUUGUCGCGCGUGGCCAUUGUGCAAUCUCGGACGCACGGGUUCUGCCGCACGUACUGCGUGCACUUGCUGAUUCGUGAUGGACCCAUCUACAUCUAUUGUGUCGCCUCGGUGCUCUUUUGGUUCCACCUGUUGCAAUCGCCCGAGUGUGAAAGCAGGAACCCCGACUUGUACGGGCAACUGAAGAUCUACGCGGUUUGCUCCUGUUUGCUGGCCUUCAUGUGCAUUGUGGAGGUUCACUGGCACAAUAAGUUGAUUGCCAACACCUUGGACCUCUUCUCUGUCUGGAUUCCAGAGGUGUCUCGACGCGCGCCGCCCGAGACCUUGGAGAAGUUGGAGACCAUCCACUACGACCCCGACGCUGAGACGAACCGCUUCGGCGACGAGGAGGACAAGACCUACCCGUCGGAGUGCGCCAUUUGUCUUGGCAGCUGGGAGAAAGAUGAUGUGAUUAAGGCGACCCCUUGUGGCCACGCCUUUCACGAGGACUGCAUCGGGGGUUGGCUCCAGUCCGCACGGACCUGUGCACUGUGCCGGAAGGACUUGGUGCAACUCACCAACACGAGGCCGGAGCCGGAGAGCGUUGGUCGGGACCGCGGUGGCGGGGCGGUGGUGGUGCAGGAUGUCUUCCAUCAGUGAUCCAUUCUUGGUCCAUGCUUUGGAAGAUGAUAUGGCCUCUUACAUAUGUGCAGUUACAUCCCUGAAGACGGAGCCAAUCUCAGUGAUAGCAUACUGAGCAACAGACUUGAUGGCGACGUUCUUUUGGUUUCAAGUUCCAACACUGAUCGCUUGAAGUGAUCGGUUGUUGCCGGGGACAUGUCCGCGAUGCCGGGAAUGGAAUGACCAGAUCGCGCGUUCGUCGCGCUGAAGAGUUACAAGAAAACUCGGUUUUUCACUCGCAUCCCACUGGCAUGUUGGGUUCAAGCAAGACCCAUUGGUUCAUUUGGAU